AUGUCUUGGUCCCGCUACAAUCACAGACGUCGCUCUGGAAGCCUAUCCCGUUUGCCCAACCUCGAUACAGGGGCAGAUAUCCAGGCUUUGACUCCAAACCCCCUAGACGUUUCUGCGUGUGUCUUCUUGCCUGGUAAUGAUCCCAGCCUAUUUCCCCUUGCAGCAAGUGGCAUACAUGGUUCCGGCGAGGGAACUGGACCUGGACUUAAUUCAGAAGUUUCGAUUCCCUUCCCCGCUUUGCUAGGGCAAGACUUGAUGUCUAGUACUGACCAGUCAACAAUCACCUGGCCAGUCUCCUCAGUUACAACGUGCAAUGAGUGUUUAAUCUCUGGGCGGAAUUGCCAACAACCCACUUCAGACCCUGGCCAGCAGUCCUGUUUUUCCUGCAUCAUUCACGGCUACCACUGCAGCCUUGCCCACGUCAAUACAGGGGGGUUUACAGACGAUGCCGUCCUUCACAAUGAUCUCGAUGAAUUUGUUUCCGCAUCUUACGGUAGCAUUAGUACUUCAAACAGUGCCAGCCAAGUAUCCGAUUCCGCACCCCCCGCUGUGAAGAUAGUUGCAAAACCACCGCCCAAGAUCGGAACCCGCUUCUCCCGGGACUCAACGAAAUUUUUGAACCGGUGGCUUUCUAACCAUGAGAACUAUCCAUAUCCCAGUCGCGAGGAUAUUAAAACUCUCCAACUCCAGACUGGAUUGAACAAGACCCAGAUUCAGAACUGGCUAGCCAAUACUAGACGUCGACAGAAGAAGAGAGGAGACUCAACGAGCCAGUCACGAUAUGUAUAUCCUCGAAGCACAUCCGACCCCAUAGAUGCUCCCCUUCGCCCAGGCACCCCGGCGAUCAGAAGUGAUAAUAACUUUCGAAACAUGAACCCACUCCAACGCUGGGUCGAAUCACCGCCAGACCGUGAACCUGCCACCGUCAAAGAUAUCGCCCGUGCUGUGGCUUCCUCACCUCCUCGGCCAUCAGAUACGAACGAUGAAGGACAGCCUGAUGACAGCUUGGCCCCAUCCGUGAAUGAUUCUUCCGCCAGCAGUCGCGGGACAUCUAGCGGUAGCUCCCUUGGAUCGGCACACUCUCAUAGCUCGGGAUCAUCAUUAGGCGGCCUAGCACCUUUUGCCCGGAAACGACGACGUUCAAAACGUGCCCGGGUCAAAGCCAAGGCAUCUUCACUCGCGGCGAUUCGACAACAACUUUACCAAUGCACGUUCUGCACAGAAACGUUCCUGACGAAGCAUGACUGGCAACGUCACGAGAAGUCCCUCCAUAUUCCCCUGGAGCGUUGGGAGUGUUCACGCAACGGACCACGUGAACGUAAUCCUACCACUGGAAAAACCCAUUGCGGAUUCUGCGGCGAAUUAGAUCCAUCCGACUCCCAUAUCGAGAGUCAUCAACCUAAUUCGUGCCAAGAGCGCGCCUUCAACCGCAAAGACUAUCUCAGGCAACAUUUGCGGCUCGUGCAUAAAUCUGCAUUGAUCCAAUGGGUUGCUGACAUUUGGAAGACUCCAACACCAGAGGUGCGGUCUCGUUGCGGGUUCUGUGGAGAGAACUUGAACACCUGGGAUGAGAGGGUAGAACAUCUGGCUGAACACUUCAAAUUGGGCUUGACAAUGGCCGAGUGGACUGGCGACUGGGGAUUUGAUGACGCCAUUGUUCAUACUCUCGAAAACUCCAUCCCGCCAUACCUUAUCCACAAUGAACGGACGAGCCCCUAUCCUUUCGAGGCCAGCAAUCAGUCGCCUGAAUCUCCUAGAAGUGCAUACGAACUACUCACACUUGAGCUGUCUUACUUUGUUGGGAACUACCAGUUUCAGCAUGGGAAGCCCCCAGGCAAUGCCACUAUGGUUGUUGAGGCUAGUAGGAUCAUAUUCGCUUCCGAGAUUCUGUCCGUCGACGAGGAGCCUGGUUCGUAUCCAUCUUGGCUACGGGACCUCAUCAUGUCGGACCAUAAUUUAGCGCUCCAAGCAAGGGUUAUGCCUAUUAGAACUCCUUCCGAAGGCAGGCUUCGUACCUUGCAGCUGAGGGGCAAGCGCAAUUUAUUCGAAGACUGCCCACUAGAAUCUCAGUUGCGAAGCUUCGUCUCAAACCUUUGUGAGAGCGGAUACACAGAUAUCACCGACAUCGAGCUUCAGAAUGAGGCAUGUCACAUCAUGAAACGAGUUGAGGAUAGUCAAGCUGUAGACUCUGGCUCUGUGUUUAAAUGGUUGUUGGGUCAAAUACAAAUGACGGUGACAUGGCUUGCCGAUUUUAAGAAACGAGCAGGCUUAGCAAACAGCCUCCAUACCAGCAUAUCUACCACGGACAAUAUGACAAGCCUCCCUGGGGACUUAUUUCCCUUCGAACUUGCUUCCCCUGAGCCUAUCUCAGAAGCCAGUCAUGGGAUUCAGCCAGUACACAAUCAACCCGAGGCGGCCUUCAACCUACAACGAACCGGCCGAUCCUAUCCCAGCACCUUCACGAGCUUAGGCCCACCCUCAGCUGCUUCUCCCAGGCACCUUUCAGUUGUAAAUCCCCCCGAUGCUGACUUUGAGUUUCAAUCUAAUCUAACAGGUGCACAUGAAAAUCUACAUCGAUUUGAAAAUAUCAACCCUGUUGAAUCGGAACUAUACCAGCGUCCAGAAUGGCUCCAGAAUGGAAAUUACAUUCUAAAUGACCCUAAUUUCCAUCGUUGGCUCGGGUUGGAGCUCAAGCGCUGGGUUUCCAUCAUAUCCUCUCCUCAAAACCCAAACCCUCGAAUACCCUCCGACCAGGAGAUCCAAGACCAAGCCCGAUGGUUAUUAUAUAAUGACGAUGAUUCAUGGAACCAAACUGCCGCCGAUAAUCCGGAAUGGCUCAUGAGAUUUAAACGUGAUGCAGGCAUUGAUCAAAUCAAAAACAGCAGUAUUGGGGGUUCCAGCCAGACUUGA